CGCCAAUCUCUCCUAUACUAUAUCUCAUGUAAAUCGUAGCUAUCUACUCCUUAGAUGGAGCUGACAGAAGAUACGGCUACGCAGACGAUACAGCAAUGCUAUUUAUUGGAAAAUCUCUGACAGAGACUACUCAAAGGGCUAACGAAGCUAUCAAACAAAUGGUCGAAUGGAGCCACUCUUCCGCUAUUACAUUUGAUCCCUCAAAGACCGAAAUUAUGCAUUUCUCCCGGAAACAAAACGGCAGCAGCCCAGCAGUACUCCAUAAUAGUAAAGUAUGCACUGCAGAAGCAUCAAUGAGAUGGCUUGGGGUUCUCCUAGAUAGAAAGCUCUCCUUCAAGGCUCAUAUCACCUACUGGAGACAAAAGGGCUCUAAUAUGGCAAAUCUGCUGCGUAGUCUAAGCAAUACUAUAUCCGGUAUUGCCCCGGCUGCAGUGCGGCAUGCCGUCUUCACAGUCAUCGUACCGAUCAUGCUGUAUGGUACGGAAGCGUGGCUCACAGACGACCCUACACCUUCGAUGAAGGGCUCCUCACUUCAUCUCUCCCAAACUCAGCUCAACGCUAUACAGAAAUGUCUCAACACUGCUUGUAAAGCUAUUCUCCCUGUAUGGAGGACUACACCUAAUAUCUACCUCUGGAAAGAGGCAGGCGUACCUGCUGCAGAGGAUCAGAUCAAGGCUACUCGUGUACGUAUCUCGCUUCGAAUAGCCACAUUAGACGACCAACACCCUCUUCGGAUCCGACUCGCAAACCUCCACCACCGAAUACGCUUUGAAAUAAACCCCGCUGCUAGUCGAAACGUUGCACAGCGCUAUAUAAGGCUCUUCAGGCUUUCCAGGAUACAAGAAGACAUGGAUAGCAUCCCGCUUAUCCCAAGACGCUUUAGUGACAAUAUCCAUACUAUAUUGAACUCGGCCUCAAAGGAAGAGGAGACACAAGUACAUCUCUCCUGGCUCCGCACUAACCCUGAUGGGCUUAUUGUUUACUCGGACGGUUCGAAGCUCGAAGACAAUAAAGCAGGUUAUGGCUAUAUUGUCUAUAGGAAUGGGACCGAGAUUGAUAGAGGAUCUCGGCAACUCGGCUUUAGAGAGGUCUUCGACGCUGAGAUCUCCGGUGCUCUACGCGGUCUCCGGCAAGCUAUAAAGCACUGUACCCCAAACACUCCGAUUACUGUAUGUAUUGACAACUCGUCCGUGGUACGUGGCAUCGGAGGCACCGCCCCCAUGUCAUCUCGUGCUGAAUUCCUCGCCUUCCAAGCUAUUAGAGAUGAAUUCCCAGGCAGAAUAUCAGUUAGAUGGACCCCCGGACAUAAAGACAUACCUGGCAACGAAGCAGCAGAUGCUCUAGCCAAGAAAGGGGCCGCAGGGCCUCUUCGAGAUCUUGCACCAUCAAUUACGCAGCGACGGCGCGAGAUCCGCGCUUUACUCCCCCGUCUCUUUCGCACAUGCUCCCAGAACUCGAUAUCCCCCGACGACAACUCCGACAUCUCCUCGCUGCACGGUCUCACCACGGCGAUUUCGCCGUGUACCAUCAGCGCUUCCAUCACGACAACGCUACACUAGAGUGCCCAUGCGGCCACGAGAAGACUCCAACACACUUAUUCUACUGCCGAAAGGUCCCUCUAGACUUUCGAGCUCGGCUCGCACCCGAUGCAUCGAAGUCUAUCGGUCGCUUUCUCGGCUCGCAGUUCAAGGUGUUCUGUCGAAUCGCGGACGUGUACUUCAAUAGAAUCUGCACACAUAGGUAGUAAUACCUCCACACAACCGCUCGGCAGUGUUGCGCUCAUCAACACCUCCCCAAUGAGCUUUCCUUUGUUUUCGUACACUUCCCCUUUAUUGGCUGACCGGCCAUUCCCUACCUAGAUAGAAAACUUGCUUGGGAAAGACACCCACUAACCACAGGGUGCACUGGCCCCCCAUUAAGAAGCCAGAAGUCAAUAGGGGCUCCUAGAGCCCUCUCUGGAUCCCGCGUCGGGUAAGGAGUUGGAAAAUUAUCGUGUUACUGUGGUUUGUUUAAGGAGGAGACGUGGAGCAAAGGAAUCCCAAGGGGUGGGCCCUCGGCUCGGCGUCGUCACGUUUCGUGGCGGCUGGCGCCGCCUACGCGGGAUCCCGGUCUUCGUCUCGUAUUACCUAUCGGCCACACGUCUUAUGCUACCCUAGAGCGCCAGAUAGACGUAAAUAAAAUCAAU